UCUCUCUCACAAACUCUCUCUCUCUCUCUCUCUCUCGGCAAAUUAUCUGUCAAAACUCUUGGCCAAAAUUUUGCUUUCCCCGAAGAGUUUUUUCUAUUGAAUCUCUCCACAAUCAAACUACCCAUGUUUUCCCAUUGAAGAUAUGUAAUUACAUGAUAAAUUUUUGCCCUAAAUUGAUUUUUCUUGGUUGUCUGCCUAAAUCUGAAAUACCAAUUUUUGCCCUCCUCUCUCGGCCAAUUUCCUCUCCUCUGCUCCCUAUCUCUGCCGUCCCGUCGCACCAUCAAAGAGGACGAGUUCAGAUUCUCCAGAAAUUAUUUCUUAGCAAAAGAAUUAGGCAAUUCCGGUAAGGAAUCCGGCCACAAGCUCGAAGAUAUCGUAGGAGGACAAGGGACUCGUCCCACCUUCUUCGAAAUGGCCGCUGCCCAACAGCUCCCUUCUAGUCUUCGUGCUGCUCUCACUUACUCUCUCGGCGUAUUGGCUUUAAGAAGACCCUUUAUUCACAAAAUCCUGGACUAUGAGGAUGAAUUCUUCGCUUUGCUAAUGCUUGUCUUGGAAACCCACAGCUUGAGAACAACCGAUGCUUCUUUUGCCGAGUCUCUUUAUGGGUUGAGAAGAAGAGCGGUUAAUAUUAAAGUAAAAACAAAGGAUAAUAUUCACAGCAAGAAGAAGAUUUUGCCAUUGGAUUCCCCUGCUGACGCAAUUCAUCAUAAUGGUUUAGAGAAACGCCAGAAAAUCCUCUCUGUUGUAUUUUGGUCCAAAUUGCAGUAUGUAUACAAUAGAGAAAGGGAAGCUACACUUCAAGCGAGCUUAUGGGGUGAGGGUGAGGAAAGAUUUGGCAACAUAGACUACUUUGGUGGAAGUGGAAAUUCCUCAGCUUCUGGGAGCAGUUCUGGUGAAGAAGCAUCUACCACGAGAAGACGCGUCAUGAAGAGAAUACAGAAGAUUAUAGCUGCUUGCUACCCGUGGAUACACGCUGGAAGUGAAGAUUUGCUUAAGCUUCACUUGGAUUUAAUGCUGUCGCCUUCUUCAUGUUCUAUCUGUGUGCUUAUGCCAAUCUAUGUCUUGCUCUUUCCAAACCUUGCUACGCUAGGACUUAGGAAUCUGAACUCUUAG